AUGAGUGAUGAUCACUUUCCACCACUCGAACCAAAUUACAGGACCAACACAGCUAGGCGAGAGCAUCAAGAACAGGAUGAAGAAUGGCAUGAUAAAUUUCAUUCUCAAUGGCUUGCUUGGGGUCACUCCCAGGACAACCAAGAGGAUUGGAAGUUUUGGGCAACUCGUCUUUUCACAAACACAACAACUGCCAAACUUUGCAACCACAUUGUCGGCAAGGCAGGCAUCCCAGCCACACGACCAAUCACUUGGGCCAACAUUGCAGCUGUGAUGGCUAAUCCGCGAUGGGAUACCGACUAUGUCCGAAGAUCAGAUUGGGCAAAGAGAGCCCAAAUCGAGUUCCCACAAGCAAAUAUCCUUGCAGGUCACCCAAACGACAACGGUCCUAUUAUCCGAGACUUGACCUUCUCAGCGGAGAAGCGAGCAAGUAAUCAGCGACACGAAAGCGAUGUUCGGGAUAAACAAGGAGCUUUACGGCUUCAAGCCGAAAAUACAGCACUCAAACAAGAAAUCCAAUCUCUUCAAAAGCUUAUCGCUGAAUACGAAAAAGAAGAGACUGAAAACAACAGCCUUUUAUCCAGAAUCCGGGACGCUUCGGAGGCAAAAUCGACUGAAAUUUGCCGUCUAACAGCAAUGGUAGGGCGAUUAAAGAAUGUUCUCUCUAAAGAUGGCAAUGGUAAAGCCUACGAAGAAUUUGAAAGAAUGAACAACCUUCUUGAGAGCAGCAACAGAGUAGCUCGCAAUUUAGUCGAAAUGAUUACAAAGGAGCGUGAAGAACACGCAGCUCAAUGCGACAUUGACUCUGAAGAGGCCUAA